UUGUUGCUGUGUACCUUUUCAUGUCUAUCAUGCGCUAUAAUACCGUAAUGACGCUAUUUCCGAAAACACUCGAACGCAGCAUGCAGCACAACACCUGUGUAACUCCGGUUGUUAAAAAAAGUCCACAUCAUUGUCAUUAAAACACAAUUUCCCAGCGUUCAUUGCGCGAGUGUUGCUGUCUUUCUCUGUGGUCGUGGCAACCGAAGGCUCCCUGGGAACUAGAGUCUCGUUUCCGCAUCUCCCAUUUUCCACAGGUUUCGCGAGAUUUACAUAGGCGGGCUGGUGUGUGGCAGCAUUUCUCUGCCAGACGAACUGAACAAUACUGAUAUGAAAUCUGCGUAAAGCCUUUGACUUUCUGGAGGCAUGUCCAAGAAAAGAGGCAGAAAGCGGAGUAGCGGGGAGCUGAGUGACACAUUGACCCCGGAUCCCAACAGCAUUCUGGGAGUCCGCAUUCAGCAUAACUGGCGUGAGAAGGGGAACCAGAGCAAAUGGAAGGGAACGGUACUGGACAGGCUGAGUGUGAACACUUCUCUCUUCAUGGUGAAGUAUGACGGCUUCGACUGCGUCUAUGGCAUCGAGCUGUUCAAGGACGAGAGAGUGUCGAACCUGCAGGUCCUGUCAGAAAAAGUUGUAAACAACAAGAUCAAGAUGCCACCAGGGGCGGAGGAGCUGGUGGGCAAAGCUGUGGAGCAUCUGUUUGAAAAGGAGGAUGGAGAGAAGAACGAGUGGAGAGGCAUGGUCCUCUCCAGAGCUCCCAUCAUGACCAACUGGUAUUAUAUCACUUAUGAAAAGGACCCCGUGCUUUAUAUGUACCAGCUGUGGGACGACUAUGCUGACGGAGACCUCAGGAUUCUGCCUGAAGCAGAAAACAAACACCUGUUGCCUGCAGACAGGAAGCCCGGAGAAGAGACGGAGAGUCUGGUGGGGAAACAGGUGGAGUAUGUUACUGACAAAGGUGUGAAGAGAACAGGCCUGGUCAUCUACCAGGUCCCAGCCAAGCCCUCUGUCUACUAUAUCAAAUAUGAUGAUGACUUUCAUAUCCAUGUCUAUGACCUGGUGAAAACCACCUAGGCAUAGUGGACACUUGAUCUCACUCUCCAGCCUCCCUCCAUCUGCGUCUGUUCCACUCAUCGUUAUAAUCUGUUAUCCAAAGCCAUGGCAGGGUUGAAUAGUUAAAACGCUUUAUUGUUCAGAAGAAAGUGCAAUCUGUUUUUCAUAUGCACAGCAGAACUGUAGCACCGCUAUGCUCGGCUAUCGCAAGGAGAUGGAGUCAACUUGUUUUUAUUGUUGCUGCUCUGCAUUUUUAUUUAAGGUUGGACAGUUCAGGAUGGCCCGACAGCUGCAAAGAGGGCAGUUGAUUUCUGCAUUUGGUUUUGUUUUUCCUUGAGAUGUUCGCUCAUCUGUCCUUGGAGUAAUUAUCCUAAUUAAAUAGCUAGUAAGCACGAUAUACGCAUUACGUUUGGGAUAGACACAUUCCACUGAGGCAUUUAUUAAAUUGAAUGGGCAGAUGAAUGUGUGUAUUGUAUUCAUUUAACAAUAUUAUACAAUUAUUGUUAAUAAUGGAAGGAAUGGCUGAUAUCAACUUUGUAAAAGGGGUCCCUUAUAUUUACAAAAGCCUUUUAGAUUAAUUAUGCUUUGUGUAAAGAUUCUCCUGCACCGUUGCACCAUAUUUAGCAAGUUAUAAGAUACUUUGCACUGGUGGAGAAGACACAGUUUGCCAAAUUCUCAUAUAAAUUAGAUCCCACACAAAUCAUAAAGUGCCUUUCGGCUUGUCAUUUUUGCAAUAUUGUAAAUACUAUAUCUCCACCAUCUACACCCUUAUUAAAUCAUUGCGUAUGAAGGCUGCUAUUUGGAUUUCAUUCAGAUGUAAGGACACUGACAGCUUGAGGAAAGUUUUGCAACCAUUAGUUUAUGAGUGCUGUGUUUUGCUGUUAAUGCAGUAUCAAAUGUUCUUUAAAUAUUACACACUUCAUUGGUUGUAUAAGCUCACUGUUGAUCUUCGGGGAGCACUUUAUUGUAUAAAGUUUACAUGUUUAGGUUAUAGUACGCUAUAUACAGUUGUGGUCAAAAGUUUACAUACACUUGUAAAGAACAUGUAUUUCAUGACAGUCUAGACUUUUCAAUAAUUUCUACAACUCUUUUUUUUCUGUGAUAGAGUAAUUGGAGCAAAUACUACGUUGUCACAAAACAAAAAUCAUGAAGUUUGGUUCUUUUAUUAAUUUAUAAUGGGUUUUCUGAAAAUGUGAUCGAAUCUGCUGAGUUAAAAAUAUACAUAUAACAUGAAUUAUCAAUUUUUGGGAUGUAGAAAGUUGUUUUAAUCAAAUUAACUUUGUGUGAGUGAUUAUAAUUUAAAUAGGGUUCAUAUGAUACAAUCGUUAGACUCAUCCACAUCACUACAAUGGAAAGGUCAAAGGAGCCUCAACAUGGAUCUGAAAAAGUGGAUCAUUGACUUCAACAAGUCAGGAAAGUCACUUGUAGCCAUUUCAAAGCAGCUACAGGUCCCAAGAUCAACUGUGCACACAGUUGUUUGUAGGUAUAAAGUGCAUGGCACUGUUGCAUCACUGCCAUGAUCAGGAAGAAAACGCAAGCCAUCACCUGCUACGGAGAGAAAAAUGGUCAGGAUGGUCAAGAGUCAACAGAGUACCAUUAAAAAGAAGGUCUGCAAUGAAUUAGAAGCUGCUGGAACACAGGUGUCAGUGUCCACAGUCAAGCGUGUUUUACAUCACUAUGGGCUGAGAGGCUGCCGUGCAGGAAGGAAGCCCUCGCUCCAGAAGCGGCACAUUGAGGCUCGACUGAAGUUUACUGCUGAUUAAAUGGACGAAGAAAAAGCCUUCUGGAGUAAAGUUCUGGGGUCAGAGGAAACAAGAAUCUAUCUGUUUGGCCACAAUUACCAGAAAUAUGUUUGGAGGAGAGAAGGUGAGGCCUUUAACCCCAACAUCACUAUGCCUACCGUCAAGCAUGGUGGUGCUACUAUUAUGCGCUGAGCAUGUUUAGCUGCCAAUGGAACUGGUGCUUUUCCUAAAGUCAAUGGAAUAAUGAAGAAAGAGGAUUACCUCCAAAUUAUUUAGGAGAGCCUAAAAUCAUCAGCCAGAAGGUUGGGUCUUGGGCGCAGUUGGGUGCUCCAACAGGACAAUGACCACAGACACACAUACAAAGUGGAAAGGAAUGGCUAAAUCAGGCUAGAAUUAAGGUUUUAGAAUGGCUUCCCAAAAUCCUGACAGUGCUGAGGAAACAAGUCCAUGUCAGAAAGCCAACUAAUUUAGUUGAAAUGCACCAAUUCUGUCAAGAGGAGGGGUCAAAGGUUCAACCAGAAGCUUGUGGAUGGCUACCAAAAGCACCUAAUUGAGGUGAAAAUGGCCAAGGGACAUGUUACCAAUUUGUUUCGUUGUUGUAUGUAUAUUUUUAACUCAGCAGAUUCGAUCACAUUUUCAGAAGACUCAUUAUAAAUUCACAAAAGAACCAAACUUCAUGAUUUUUGUUUUGUGACAAAGUAGUAUGUGCUCCAAUCACUCUAUCACAGAAAAAUAAGCGUUAUAGAAAUGAUUGAAAAGUCAAGACUGUCAUGAAAUACAUGUUCUUUACAAGUGUAUGUCAACUUUUGACCACAACAGUAGUUUCCCCAAAAUGCUUUUUCCUUCAGAGAAAAUGUGGCGGAAUAAAUGCUUUAUAUCAUACGCAUGAAGAAAAAAAGAAAAAUGUGUUGCAAUAUGUUCAAAUGACAGUAUUCAAUAUGUAAGACUUGUGUAAAAUGCCUUGUAAUGUUGCUUGUAGUGGUUACUCUCAUUUAUAUACAUUUCUCAUCCAAACAGCACCAGCUUUUAGUGAAAGGGUUGUUUAUUUCCAAGAAUUAUAACAGGUAUAUUCAACUGAAAAAAUAACAGUAUGUUGACAGUAACUCACUAACUCUGGUUAUAGGCUUUAUAACUUUGUCUCUUGCCAACAUGUUUGCAAAAUUGGUUUCAUCCACACUUUUUCAGUUGCUGAAUUGGUCUAGCCCCGUCAGUCUUCUUCAAUUGUAUCCCUCAGUUAACUAGUCAAUCAGUGGUUUAACUGUUCCUGUUAUUUUUAGCUUUCAAAACACUGCAUGAAUUAUCUGAUCAGAGUGUCUGGAUAUAUUUAAACCUUAUUUUGACAGUAGGAAAGUGACAAUGUGUGGCAGAAUAGGUACCGUUAGUUUAACCUACAUUAAAAAAAGAGGUUCUCACUGUACAUCACCACUAGUGGUGCUGUGUAGUGUUUCUGUGUUGUGUAAAGUGGAGUUACAAAUGACUGUAAGCGCUAUUCUUUAUGCUUUGAAUCAACACCUGUUCCAAGAUGUAGCAGCAUCGACAGGCAAUUUGUGUCGUUAUUAUUCUGUCAUGAGUAAUAAAGAUUUUUGCACAUUU